CGAGUCGAUACUGCAUCUGGUGAGUACAGUACCGCACAAUCCAAAUCCAAUCCACAGCUGAAGAUAGAACCAGAAAACACGGAAACGCGAAACACCGAUGGCAGCACUGGAAUUACAGCAGGCGCCAGCACAAAUGGCACCGCAAUAGACAGUGAUAACACUGAUAUGUCCGCAUCGCUCACACUGCGCAUCAAUAAUAAUGGUAGUAAUUCGAUUAUUGGUUAUAAAUAUGAAAGUGGCAAGAAAAUGGAAAGGAUUGUCGAGGAAGAAGAGAAACAGAAGUCAACUGAAUGGGACCAGAAACGUGGCGACCAAGAAUUUUACAACGGCUAUAGUACCAUGAAUGCACGUGAUCCGAUGGUACGAGUGCAAUCAGCGACGCCAACACGCAACAACUCAACGUUUACAAGCAGCUCAUACGCAAACGGUACCGACAGCUUGCAAAGGUAA